GAGACCAUGGAGAGGGUUCUAUUGAGCGCAGUGACGGGGGCCCUGAAACCCGUCUUGGAGAAGAUGGCUACUCUGUUGGGCGAUGAGUAUAAGCGUUUCAAGGGCGUGCGCAAGGAGAUCAAAUCCCUCACUAAUGAACUCACUGCCAUGGAUGCUUUUCUAGCAAAAAUGGCGGGGGAUCAGGAUCCCGAUUUGCAGGAUAAGGUUUGGAUGAAUGAGGUGCGGGAGUUGUCAUACGACAUGGAGGAUGCCAUCGACGACUUCAUGUUGGUUGACGACAAGGAUACUAAGCCAGAUUGCUUCAUUGAGAAGAUCAAGAGCUGGCUAGGGAAGAUGAAAGCUCAACGCCGCAUUGCUAAAGAGAUCCAAGAUUUGAAGAAACAUAUUAUUGAGGUGGGUGAGAGAAAUGCAAGGUACAAGACUCCUAAGGCCUUCUCCAAGACCCGUGAGCCCUUCUCCAACACAAGUAAUUCAGUUCUUCACUCUCGAGCUCUUACUAUUUUUGAGCAUGCAUCGAAGCUUGUCGGAAUUGAUACACCGAAGGCUGAGAUAAUCAAAUUGUUAACAAAAGAGAAUGGAUGUAUCUCAAGUCAAAAAGUGAAGAUAGUCUCCAUCAUUGGGUCUGGGGGUAUGGGCAAGACAACCCUUGCAAACCAAGUGUAUCAAGAGCUCAAAGAGAAAUUCCGGUGUAAGGCUUUCGUAUCAGUGUCACGAAAUCCAGACAUGACGAAUAUCUUGAGAACCAUUCUUAGUGAAGUUAGUUGUCAAGAUUAUUCUCACACUGAAGCAGGGAGCAUACAACAACUCAUACACAAGAUUAACAAUCAUAUAGAGGAGAAAAGGUAUUUUAUUGUGAUUGACGAUAUAUGGGACAUUGAAACAUGGGAUGUUAUUAAGUACGCAUUUCCCAUGACCAGAUGUGGUAGUAUAAUAAUCACCACUACUCGCAUGAGUGAUGUCGCAUAUUCGUGUCGUGCAUCAAUUGGUGGCCAUGUUUACAUUAUUAGACCUCUAAAUAUUGUGCACUCAAGACAACUAUUUCACCAACGAUUAUUCAACUCCGAAGAAGAUUGUCCUUCAUCGCUUGAAAAUGUUUCUAACCAAAUAUUGGAAAAAUGUGAUGGCAUGCCUUUGGCAAUCAUUGCUAUAUUUAGUUUGUUGGCUAACAAAGGAAGAACAAAUGAUAUAUGGAACAAAGUCAAAGAUUCAAUUGGCCGUGUACUCAAAAGGGAUCCUAGUGUCGAUAGAAUGAUACAAAUAUUGUCACUUAGCUACUUUGAUCUGCCUCCUCAUUUAAAAGGUUGUCUCCUAUACCUAAGUGUCUUUCCAGAAGAUUCUAUUAUUGAGAAGAAGGGUCUAAUCAGGAGGUGGAUUGCCGAAGGAUUUGUCUGCAAAGAAGGCAUGUAUACGGCAUAUGAGUUAGGAGAGAGAUAUUUUAAUGAGCUCGUCAAUAGGAGUUUGGUCCAACCUGGGAAGCUUCAUAGAUAUGAUAAGGUGCUUAAUUGUCGAGUUCAUGACAUAAUUCUUGACUUCAUAUUAUCCAAGUCCAUUGAAGAGAACUUUGUUACAUUCAUCGGUAUCCCCAAUUUAACUAUCCAAACACAAAGGAGAGUUCGCCGGCUCUCCAUGCAGGUAGAGGGUAAAGGAAAUUUUGUUAUGCCAACGAGCUUGAUAUUGUCACAUGCACGAUCACUUAGUGUGUUUGGACAAAUAGUGAAAAUCCCUUCACUGGUGGAGUUCAAGCAUUUGCGCGUUGUGGACUUUGGAGGAUGUAGUCAAUUGGAAAACCACCAUCUUGAUAAUGUAGGGAAUCUGUUUCAACUAAGGUACCUCAACAUUAGUAUGACAAAGAUAAGUGAGCUCCCGGAACAAAUCAGACAUCUAAGGUGCUUAGAGAUACUGAACAUAAGGCACACCGAGGUAUAUGAUUUACCAGUGGGUAUUGUCGAUCUCGGAAAAUUGGCACAUUUACUUGUUAACCCGGGUAUUAAGUUUCUAGAUGGAAUUGCAAAGAUGCGAGCACUGGAGAGUUUGAAAAUGGUGUAUGCCGACAAGCAGUCGCGUAACUUUCUCCAAGAGCUUGGGCAGCUAAAAAAUAUGAGGAAAUUGCAUCUUAGUCAUAUGGAUUUUGCGCAUGAGCACAAUGAAAUUGUUGCUUCUUCUCUUGUUAAGCUAUGCGCACAUAACCUUUGUUCUCUAACUGCUUGCAAUAUUGAUCACAAAAUCUUACUGAACAGAUGGUGUACUUCUCCACCGCUUAACCUCCAAAAACUUGUGAUCGCUGAUUGUAUCCUUCCAAAAGUUCCGGAUUGGGUACGGCCACUCGUGAACUUGCAGAAGCUAAGAUUAGAAGUGGAGAGUAUCUCGCCUGAAGAUCUCUGCAUCCUAGGAGCCUUGCCUGCUCUGGUCACCCUGAGUUUUCUUCGAGGAAGGGAAGGUCAAUUUUCUUUUGAAGAUACAAUGUUGGCAGUCGGUAGUGAAACUGGGUUCCGAUGCCUGAAGACUUUUACUUAUGUGGCACAGGGAGAUAAGAUGGAUCUUAUGUUUACAGCGGGAUUAUCUCUUGUUGAAUGGGCUCAAAAUGCUGCUGCAGUUCUCUUAUUGGCAUCAACAACUCCAUGGUGCAUUGUUGGCAAUUUAGCUAGGCAUUUGAACCUCAGUGGUGUUAGAUAA